GGUCCACGGGGCGGAAGUGGGCAAUGGCGGCGUAAACAACGCUAAGAUUCGUGCAAGAUAAUGGUUAGUCGAGCCACAAUCGAAAAUAAAUCUUAAAAAUAAAACUACAACCAAAUGGAGUAUGUUUUCGGGGUAUUUAGGGGUAUAUCCGCUCGGCUUGCGAAUUAUUAAACCCUCACUGGUUCACUUCUUGGUGGUGUUUAGUUUCGGCUAACUUUUAGCUGAGUAACGGGAAAGUAGUAUCAACAUUGCAGCGAUGGACUGCGUCGUGACGGGAGGAAACGUGAAAGUGCUGGCCAAAGCCAUCCACUCCCUGUCCAGGAUAGGUGAUGAGCUGUAUGUGGAGCCUCAGGAAGAUGGGCUGGCCCUGCGGUCUGUGAACUCCUCUCGGUCGGCCUAUGCUUGCUUCCUGUUCGCACCACUCUUCUUCAGCAGGUACACAAUUCCCGGUGGACAGGACUUCCGCUGCAAGAUGGCAAUAAAGAGUGUGCAGGCUGUGUUCAGGUCUCUGGCGUCUCUGGAGAAGACAGUGGAAAAGUGUCACAUCGAGCUGGACAAGCUGAAGAACCGCCUCACCUUCACACUGCACUGCAAACAUGGCCUGCUGAAGACACAUAACCUGUCUUUCCAGGACAGUGAAAGCUUACAGGCAGUCUUUGAUAAAGACAGCUGUGCCAACGUGUUCAGGGCCCACCCCAGGCUGCUGGUGGACACAGUCGUGCACUUCCCUUCGUCUUUGGAAGAAGUGACUGUGUCAGUGAGUGAUGAACGGAUGUGGGUCAGGAACCAUGUGGAGGAAGAAGCAGAGCAGUCCAAGGCCAUGCUGACAGAGCUGUGUCUGGCUUCAGACGAGUUUGACCAUUUUGCUGUCCAAACUCACAACAGCGUCACAUUUUGUCUGAAGGAGUUACGGGGUUUGUUAGUGUUUGCAGAGUCCACUGGUCUCCCUAUCUCUAUGUACUUUGAUGAACCGGGAAGCCCUGUGGUGCUUUCAGUGACAGACAGUGUCCUGGAGGGGAACUUUGUGCUGGCCACGCUCUCUGACGAUCCCAACCGCCGUAAAAACAACACUGGACGAGCACACACACCGCCGCCUCCCCCUCCCGAUGACUUCAUGAAUGAUGACAUAGACUCCUACCUCAUCACCAUGGAUACCAGCAUUGCACCAGGUCCUUUUGCUACAGGUUCAACCACAGCCCCAUUAGCUGAAUCCACAUGUUCAAAACAGCCUGCUUUAACCAAUCGCAAGACACGGAUACACAGUGAGCGGGAGGAAGAGGAGGAGGAAGAUGAAACGGCUGAUUCAGACAAACCACCUAAUAAAAAGUUCUGUUCCUUGUUCUUUGGAUCCGUGCUUCCCCCGUCUUCUCAGAUGAGUACUCAACCAGUGACAACUCAGGAAGUGCUGGCAAGUGACAGUGAGGAUGACACUUGAGUAGAGUGACAGUGGACUGAUGGGAUGUGGACUGAGAGAGAUGGACUGACCUGAAAGUGGGUGCAUACGUGUCUACUUUUGUUACUGUUACACCAUGCCACCUGAACUACUUGAAAAUGCAGAAAUGGACAUCUUGGACCUUUUAUUUUCAUCUUUACUGGCUUGUACAAGUGUUUUUUUUUUUUCUUUUUUUCUUUUUUUUCUUUUACCUUGACAAAACUGUGCAGAGGCAGAGUACAGAGCCAGUCUAUUCCAUCUUUUUAUUGGAUUAUGAUGUUAAUGGUGGAAAUCUGGGAUUAUGUGAAACUAGACAUGAAGCACUUCCUGUUUAUUUUUGUUUGGAGUGAGUUUCGGUUUGUGAUCAAGGUGCAGCGAAAAAAAGUCCCUCCAAAUAA